AUGUCUGAGCAAAAUCAGAAUCCAUUGACUUAUAAAGAUAUCGCAGAUACUCUUUCCCCCUCUCAAUCAAAUGAAUAUGCAUCAAAUGGAGACAGAUACUCAAAAGCCUAUGCAAACGCGAUGAGGGCUCUCCAAGAGAGAAUUAAGGCACUGGAAUCUGAAAACGCUUAUUUAAAGGAUAAAAUUUCGUCAAUAGAAGGGAAGGGCAAUUCAGAUAGAGAAAAGUGGCAGCAAAGACUUAUGGAAGAGGUUAAAAAUUCUGGCCAAAAGGAAAAGCAAUAUCAAAAUACGAUUAUUGACCUUGAGCAAGAAAUCAAAAAUUUGACUGAAAGAAUGAUGGUAGGAGAGGAGCAAAUGAAAAUCAAAGACGAUCAGAUUUUGUACCAAAUAAACCAAGGAAAAACAAACUAUGAACAGUUUAUUUUAGAUCGGGAUAACUUGUGUCUGGAGAUUGAACAUUUAAAAAAUCAGCUGGCGGCGAAAAUGAAUGAGCAUCAAAGCUCCUCAAAUUUUGUAUUGGGGCUUGAAAGAGACAAAAAAUUAACUGAAGAAGAAAAUUCGCAGCUUAGAAGGAUUAAUGCUACUUUAGAAGAAGAAGUCGCUUUCCUUACUCUCCCUGCAUUAUAAGUGAAAACAACAUUGGAAAAAUCCCUUUUUGGGCAAAAUCCUACCCUCCUAAGUAAGCAAAAAGUUUUUAAUAUAAAAAUAUUGUAAAUUUUUUUUUAUAUAUAAAUAAUAAUUAUUGUAAUAAAAUAGUCUGUUUUAUAAACCUAAAAUAUUAUAUAUUAAUAGGAUAAUAAAUUUAUUAUAAAUUAUAUAUAAAAUUUCUAAAAAAAUAAAACAGCCUCAUCUGCGAGCAAACUUUACUUACUAAUUGAGGGAGUUAGAGAGUCAACGCACCAACAAAAGAGCAGUUUGCAAAAAGUAAAAAUUAUUUAGAGUUAUCAAGAUUUUGAAAAUGAAGUCAACCUAAAAGCAAGCGAAUUUCUCCAAACAAUAAAAGAGCUUGAAAUAAAAAACAAAGGCUUAAAUGAAAUUGCCACAAAUCAAAAAAAGCAGAUAGAAUAUUUAAAAAAGGAAAUCAAUGAUUUGCAUGACUACAAAAAAGCUUCUCUGACUCAAAAAAUUGAAUCAUUGAGCAGCUCUUCAAGCAGAAAACAGCUUUCCCCAAGCAUUGAAGAAUCUAAAGCCAGAAGGCCAAAAAAAAGUUUAUCAAUAAAAGCUAAUGAAAAUCAUGUUCAAAAAUCAAGAUCCCCUAUAUGUGAGACCUGCUGCCGUCGAGAAAGCUCGAAAACUCCAAAAUCUUCCUUAAAAAAGCCAAUUCCUCAAAAAUCGUUUUCCAAAAGCGUUAAAAUAAACGAUCCUGCUCCUACAACUGAAGAAGACAUCUUCAGCUCAAUCCAGAGCUUGGAAAAAGAAAUUUCCUCAUUGGGUCAAAAAUACAAGCACCUCCUUCAAACAUCUCAAGAAGGGACUUCAGAUCUCAGUGCAUUAAGAAAAGAAAUUACUGAAACCUCGUCUGAAAUCCAACAAAAAAGUGAUGCACUUUAUGAACUCAAAAAAAAGCAUCAUUCCAUACUAAGAGAGAAGCUUUCUAUGCCAUAAGAUAUAAUAAAUCAAAUUUUUUUUUUAAAUUAAUUUUUUCCGAUUAUUCUUCAUAGAGAAUACAUAA